ACAUGGCCGCCAGGAGGCACGUUGGCUAACCGGGCUGCUUCAGAAUGCUUGCGUAUCUAGUGUUCAUAUCUAUGGACGACAGUCACGACACUCGUCUCGGCCGUAACCACAGGCGCUUCCAUGUGCUGAUUUUGAACCAAACAUGCUGAAUCCUCGUCAUAAGCGUAAAGUGUUGUGAUCGUCAUGUGAAAAUGUGUGCAAGAAGGACAGCAGAGUAUGAGGAGGAACUUUGUGGACCACAAGAGCCACAACAUCAACUACUGGAUGCUGUUUUCAAUCGGCAGCCUCGAACUGCGCUACGCAGAGCAGACAUCAGUGAAGAUCUUCGUCAUGAGUGUCGGGAGCCAGAGCCCCUUUACAUUAAAGAGGAAGUGGAGGAUGACGAGCACCCCCACAUCAAAGAAGAAGAGGAAUUGAAGCUCACUUUCAUUAAAAAAGAGGCUGAGGAAGUGCACCGCCACAUCAAACAGAAAGAGGAGUGUAUCGCCAAGUUUCCAUGGACGAGUGUCCCUUUGAAGAGUGAAGAUGAAGGUCGACGUGAGGAGAGCAGAAGCAGCUCACGUCGACACAUGACAACAGAAGGUGAUGGUGAUGGAGACCACUGUGGAGGAUCACAGGCAGACGGCCUCUUAGCUACACAAUUAGAUAGCGACGACCUGACGUCUCACUCUCCUCACACUGAUGAUGAUGAUGAUGAUGAUGAUGAUAAACCGUCUGAAGGUGAUAACAAACGCUGGAAAUGUUCUCAGUGUGGGAAGACCUUUGCUUAUAAGAGCAGUUUGAAACAACACACGAGAACACACACCGGAGAGAAAGCGUUUGCCUGUUCAGAUUGUGGUAAAAGAUUCUCCUAUAAGGGAGACUUGACAAGGCACACAAGAACGCACACUGGAGAAAAACCUUUUGUCUGCUCAGUUUGUGGUCAAAGAUUCUCUGAGAACGGAAAAUUAACAGUACACGCAAGAAGACACACUGGAGAAAAACCGUUUGCUUGCUCAGUUUGUGGUCAAAAAUUCUCUGCAAAGGGCAAAUUAACAAUACACACCAGAACCCACACCGGAGACAAACCUUUUUCCUGCUCCGAUUGUGGUCAGAGAUUCACUCAGAAAGGAACCUUAAAAAUACACACAAGAAUGCACACUGGAGAGAAACUUUUUUCCUGCUCAGAUUGCGGUCAGAGAUUCACUCAGAAGGGAGCCUUAAAGUUACACACCAGAACCCACACUGGAGAGAAACCUUUUUCCUGCUCAGUGUGUGCUCAAAGAUUCUCUCGUAAGGAUCGCCUGAAGACACACAAGUGUGCGGGUGAGAAUAGCAGUCGUCGAGGAAUGUACAUUUCAGGAAAAUGUACAUGUUUCAUAUCCAAAGUAAUUACUAUGUUACUGACUUACAAAACUGUAGAUUGUUCUAUUCUGUUUACCAUCUUUUAUUUGAUCUAUCCUUGUUGUCCAUAUAUUUUCGAAAAGGCCCCUGUGUGCAAGUGUCGAGGAUUGGCACUGGUGCCAAAUCACUUUAUAAAAACUAGUUACGGUGAGAACAUUGGCACUUAUUCCAUAGUUCUGCACUUCCAAAUGAUGUCUGCAGAAAAAAAGCCCUCCAAAAUAGACUGCAGCAACUCUGCAAUUGUUUUCCGAUGGAAUGUUAGAUUUUAGGCCAGAUUAAGACCUGACCACAUUUUAUGACACAAAUGCCUCCAAGAUGUUGAAUCAAGUUCCUAUAGAUCACAAAGGCCUUUCCGUAGGCGGCAUCGUGUGACAGACGUGGACUUUGGCUGGCUGUCAGAACGUCGGAUGAUCCAUGACGAGGGUCUCCCGGCCGAACAUGUUCCGUCAUAUAAUGUCCCGAAACUGUGGCUGAUUGUCAGCAAAAUGUUUGUCUCCAUCCCUAUUCAUGCUCACGUAACACCUCUGAAAAUAUCAGACCAGCCCAGAAUUUAGGAUGUUAGGAACCAAAGCGUUUUCCUCGCGAUAGAUCAUGUGGCCCGCGGGGGCUUGAAGGGUCUUGAAAUACGUUAAAUGAGCAGUUUACACGGUAUUUGCCAUCAACUACAUAUCCCGUAAUAAAAAAAUGACCACCAAGUGACCAAGUGAUCUUACCACCAGGCGAUGAUCCCAAAAUGUGGAGGAAGCGGAAAAUUGAUUCAGAUAGAAGGCUUUUUCAACACAGAUUGUUUCUGCUGCUGUUUUGAGGGGUUUCUGUGUUCAUGCUGACACAUUUUGACAGUGUUCACUGUUCACACAUUUCUCGAUAGCAGGUGGUACUCCCUUUGCACUUUAUACCAGGCUGAUUUGUAUUUCUAAAAUGCUAACUGUCACCAAUGUUCUGAGUAGUGCAAAUUUGUCAAGUGUCACAAAAAAUCUUUGAAAAAAGUUCAUGUCAAAACCUGGGUUUGGAGAGACUUCUUUAUUUACUUAAAUACGUUGAUGGUCGAUUGAUGAGCAAUGCGGGUUUCUUAGGAUUCAUGUAAUAAUACCAGGGGAAUAAGUAAUGAUAGAUAGUUAUUUAACAAUAUGUUGCGUGUAUAGUUACAUUUAUUUACAUUACAUUUAGUUACAGUGGGUACGGAAAGUAUUCAAACCCCCUUAAUUUUUUCACUCUUUGUUAUAUUGCAGCAAUUUGCUAAAAUCAUUUAAGUUCAUUUUUUUCUUCAUGAAUGUACACACAAACGCACCAUAUUGACAUCAUUUUUUUUUGCAUAUUUAAUAAAAACAAAAAACUGAAAUAUCACACGGUCAUAAGUAUUCAGACCCUUUGCUUGUGGCACUCAUAUAUUGAACUCGGGUGCUGUCCAUUUCUUCUGAUCAUCCUUGAGAUGGUUCUACACCUUCAUUUGAGUCCAGCUGUGUUUGAUUGUACUGACUGGACUUGAUUAGGAAAGCCACACACCUGUCUAUACAAGACCUUAUAUCUCACAGUGCAUGUCAGAGCAAAUGAGAAUCAUGAGGUCCAAGGAACUGCCUGAAGAGCUCAGAGACAGAAUUGUGGCAAGGCACAGAUCUAGCCAAGGUUACCAAAAACAUUCUGCUGCACUGAAGGUUCCUAAGAGCACAGUAGCCUCCAUAAUCCUUAAAUGGAUGACGUUUGGGACGAUCAGAACCCUUCCAAGAGCUGGCUGUCCGGCCAAACUCAGCAAUCUGGGGAGAAGAGCCUUGGUGAGAGGUGAUGAAGAACCCAAAGAUGACUGUGGCUGAGCUCUAGAGAUGCAGUUGGGCAAUGAGAGAACGUUCUUGAAAGUCAACCAUCACUGCAGCCCUCCACCAGUUGGGGCUUUAUGGCACAGUAGCCCGACGGAAGGAAGCCUCUCCUCAGUGCAAGACACAUGAAAGCCCGCAUGGAGUUUGCUAUAAAAUACCUGAAGGACUCCAGGAUGGUGAGACCGAGAACUUUUUGGCCUUAAUUCUAAGCAGUAUGUGUGGAGAAAACCAGGGACUGCUCAUCACCGGUCCCAUACAUACAUUCCCAACAGUGAAGCAUUGUGGCGGCAGCAUCAUGCUGUGGGGGUUGGGGGCGGGGGGUCAGCUGCAGGGACAGGACGACUGGUUGCAAUCAAAGGAAAGAUGAAUGCGAUCAAGUAUAGGGAUAUCCUGGACAAAACCUUCUCCAGAGUGCUCUGGACCUUAGACUGGGCCGAAGGUUCACCUUCCAGCAAGACAACAACCUUAAGCACACAGCUAAAAUAACGAACGAGUGGCUCCAGAACAACUCCGUUACUGUUCUUGAAUGGCUCAGCCAUAGCCCUGAUUCAAACCCAAUUGAGCAUCUCUGGAGUGACCUGAAAAUGGCUGUCCACCAACGUUCACCAUCCAACCUAACAGAACUGGGGAGGAUCUGCAAGGAGGAAUGGCAGAGGAUCCUCAAAUCCAGGUGUGAAAAACGUGUUGCAUCCUUCCCAAAGACUCAUGGCUGUAUGAGCUCAAAAGGGGGCUUCUACUGAGCAAAGGGUCUGAAUCCUUACAGUUGUGUGAUAUUUCAGUUCUUAUUUUUUUAAUCAAUCUGCUAAAAUGUCAACAAUUCCCUUUUUUUUGUCAAUAUGGGGGGGGGGGGGGGGGGGUGCUGUGUGUACAUUAAUGAGGAAAACAAGAAAAUGAUUUUAGGAAAUGGCUGCAAUUUAACAAAGAGUGAAAACUUUAACGGGGUAUGAAUACUUUGCGGCCCUUCGACGGUAUCGAUAAUGCCAAUAUGGCCCUCGGUGAAAAUGAGUUGGACACCCCUGCUAUCGAUGAUUAUUUGAGAAAAAAGUUGGCGCAUGUUCUCGUCCUGAGCAGCGCACCUCCCCAGAGUUGC